AUGUCGUCGCCAUGCAAUGCGGCAGAUGAAGCGACCAAUGGCAACGCCACCAGUGCAAGCAAUGCAAGCAAAACUUGUGACAAGGAUGAGAAGGACGAGAAGGCGAGCGAGUCGGAGACCUUCUCACGCUUCCGCGAGGUAGCAGCCGAGAUCUCUACAAAGGCAUGGAAGCUUUCCGCCGAAGCACAUGCCAAGGCCCACGAGCUUUCGGAUGAAAUCUCUACGAAGGCGACUCCCCUACUUGCAAAGGCACAAGCGAAGGCCCACGAGAUCUCGGACGAAAUCUCUACGAAGGCCACGCACUUCACUGCGAAGGCGCAGGCGAAGGCGCAUGAGAUUUCAGACUCACUCUUUGCCCACAUGCUCAACGCCGAGGCUGCAGCAUCUGCAGCCAUGGCCCGGCGCCGGGCGCUGGUGGGCCUCGUGGACGUCCUGGUGGAGCGACACAGUGCCGGUCGCUUGAAGCGUCGAUGGGUCCUGGCUACCGCUAUGGUCACCUUCUGCUACUGUCGGUAUGCCCUGCCGGCACUUGCCAGCUGGGGAUCCGGGCAUUGGGAGAGGAGUGUGGAUGCCAGCGAGUUUGAGCAGACAGUGGGUGGUCACAACUCACACGUGAACUUUGCUGUUUUGGUCGUGGUCUCCUUGGGCUACCUCUCCAUGUUGCAUUGCUCAUCGAGACUGAUGGAGGCUCGCCUACCUAUCAAGAGCACCAUCUUUGAAAUCUUGGUUGUGUACAACAUGACACAGAUGCUGCUGAACACGUAUGUGUGUGUGCGAGUGCUUCAAGAAGCAUGGCUGCAAGGGUUCAGCUAUCCGUGGGGCAAUCAGUUUGUCUACACGAAGGAGGGCCACCGCCUUGGCUAUUUCAUAUGGUUCCAUUACCACUGCUGCCAGCUCGAGCUGUUGGAUACGGUCUUCGUGGUCAUCCGCAAGAAGUUUCAAAAGAUCACGUUCCUCCACGUGUGGCUGCGCCUGCUGAACAUGUGGGGCUGGUUCUUUGCCUGCCGCUAUGCCUGCGGUGGUGACACCUAUUUCCCAGCUGCUGUGAACGCUGCCACGCGGGCCGUCGUCUAUGCCUUCUACAGCCUCUCGCUGCUGUCCCAGCGGGGAGUGCCGCUGGUGCGCAAGGCACAUGUAACCGAACUUCAGAUGUUCCAGUUUGCGAUUUGUGCUUGCCACGCGCUGUUUUGCAUGUACAGGUUUUGGGACAUGCAGAUUUCGCGCGCUGUCCUGUUACUGUACUUCUUGGUCAUGACCAGCGGCCUUAUGCUCUACACGGACUUCCACUACCAAGCAGAUGGAAAGUCAGUGACAAAGCUCGAAGCCCAGAGGAAGAUCAGCAUUGCAUUCGACUCCAGUGGUUGGCUGUAUUGCUAUCACUUCGGUGUAGCAGCUUGGCUGCGGGAGCACCUGGUGCCUGACGACCUGCAACCUGAGGAGGCCGAGUCCGAGAAAUUCCCGAACCACCUAGCCUUCAGCGGAUCUUCGGGAGGCGCCCUCGUGGCCACCGUCCUAUCCUGUGGUUUGCAGCCGAAGGAAGUCUUCGAAGUGGUGCUCACGAAGCAGCCCGAGUGUGCCUACAAUCCAUUCCGGAUGCUCCCUGCGGCGGAGGACGUGCUGCGCAAGAUGAUGCCUGCAAACGCUUAUCGAAGCCUUUCUGGCCGCAUCCGCGUCUUGCUGACCCGCGUCUCCUUGAAGUUCCCCUUCCUGAGCGCAGAGGUGGUAAACAGCUUCAAGAACCAAGAAGACGUUUUCCACGCGCUGCGCUCUUCUUGCCAUGUCCCGAUCAUAGGCGGAAUUGGUCCUUACCGUUAUGACGGGCAUGCCUACUUUGAUGGGAUGUUCUGGCCGCAGAUGCUCGUUCCCUGGAAAGGCAAUGAAGCAGACUACGUCGUUCGCGUUUCGGCUCUUCUCUCAAACCCGUCGUCGGACAUCAGUGCGCCAUUCUUGCCUGCCUGGUGGGCCGUCUUCCCCCCGAAGGAACCGAUUCUGCGGGGGCUGUACUGGCGAGGCUACCGCGAUGCUGCCCGCUGGUUCAGCAGCCCGGAGGUGUCUGCCUGGUCCUGCAGGUCCGCAGCCAGCGCAGAAGGUCUUCGUCGUCGGCCAUCUGGCAAAGGCCGCCUCUCGCUGAAGCCAGAGGGUACCGAGGAUGCCGAUGGCGAGGACCGCGAUCGCUGGUUCGAAAUCCAAAAGUUGCUGCUCAAGAAGCCCGACGGCCUAGUGCCAGAUGUGGACCCCGCAACUGGCCAAGCUCCUGAAGAGUACAUCGAGCUUAUGGAAGCUGCUAUGAACAGAGAGAGGAUGUGCAUCGGAGGGAUGUCGAUGGUCAUUUGCGCGUUGGUCUUCAUGUGGGUCCUGGUUGGCUGGCUCUGA